ACCGAAGCCGGCCGGUCUCAUAACCGAUCAGGGUUACAAGACAAACUGCUGAUGUUAAGCUCGGGACAGCUAACAAAGAAGUCUUUGUUCGAAGUUUAAGGAUUUUUCCAAGCCCUUUGGACAUAACACAAAAAUGGAAGGAAAACCAGUGGGGAAGAGCCGAGGACGAUCUCGUGGAGUUCCAGGCGCUGAACAACCUCCGAGAGCUGGUCAAAGUGCUUAUGGACGUCCUGCAGUUGGAGGUCUGCCACAACCAGCGGUCCUACCACCCGAGACGACCCAAAUGGGCCAAGCGGGAAUACGAGUGAGUGUCGGACGUUCAGUAAGAGCACCAGCGCCAUUCCCUGCAUCUGGCAGAGAAGGAGAACGUCAAAGCGGGCCAUCAACUCUACCCCCCUUGGAAUUGCCAUUGCCAGGUCCUGGAGGUGAUGCUGGUGCCAGUAUGGGCCGAGGUGCCUUGAGAGGAAGGAGAAUAAUUAAUUCUGAGAUUCUGAACACUCGUCCAGAUCAUGUGGCCGCAUCUAAGAAGGGAUCUUUGGGAUCCUCAGUUCUCCUCACAGCGAAUUAUUUCAGGGUCUUGGAGAAGCCAGACUGGUGUCUCUAUCAAUACAGAGUCGAUUUUAACCCUGAGGAAGAUCGUACAAUUAUAAGGAAAGCAUUAUUACGUCAGCAUCGUCAGGAGUUGGGAUCAUAUAUUUUUGAUGGCACGGUUCUUUACACAUCUAACAGAUUUACAGUGCCUGGAGAGAAUAAAGUAUUCUUUUGUCGACGUACUACAGACGAUGAGAAUAUUCAAAUCACACUCAGACUCGUUGGGGACAUGGCCAGAGGAGAUCCUCAUUAUCUCCAAUUCUACAAUAUUUUGACGAGGAAGUGUUUAGAAUUACUAAACCUUCAAUUGGUUGGACGCAAUUAUUUCGAUGCAAAGGCUAAGGUCGAGAUUAGAGAGUAUCAGUUUGAGUUGUGGCCUGGUUAUCUUACAUCGAUUCGCCAGCACGAGACUGAUAUUCUUCUGUGCGCGGAAAUUAACCACAAAAUCAUGAGGCAGGAGACACUGCUUCACAUUCUCCAAAGAGUCAAGGAAGAAAAAUCUCACAAUUACCAGGAUUCUUUUAAAGCCGAAGUUAUUGGUCUUACAGUGCUAACGAGUUAUAACAAUAAUACCUAUCGUAUUGAUGAUGUUGAUUUUAAUCAGAGCCCUCAAGGGACUUUCCAUUCAAAAAAGGACAACAAGGCCAUAAGUUACAUGGACUAUUACAAAAGCCGAUAUGGCAUCGAUAUUCGGGUCCCCACACAGCCACUUAUCGUGACACGAUCCACAGCUCGUGAUCGUCGUGCUGGUAAAGAUGAAGUCAUUUACUUGGUUCCUGAAUUGUGCAGAGCUACAGGCCUUACUGACAAAAUGAGGAAUGAUUUUCGUCUCAUGUCUGCAUUGGCUCAGCAUACCAGAGUGACACCAGACAAACGCAUCGACAAGCUCCUCGCAUUCAAUCGACGAUUGAAUAAUACACCAGCAGUUCUAGAGGAAUUCACAAAUUGGAACUUGAAACUCGAUACGCAACUUGUGAAAGUUCAAGGCAGGCUGUUGCCAAAAGAAAAAAUUUGCUUUGGUAAUAACAGUUUUGUGAACGCAGAAAUGAAUGGAGAGUGGACCAACGCCAUUAGAAGCAACAGUUUGUACCUAACAACUGAGUUGAAGCAGUGGAUUGUGGUGGUACCGGAGAGAAUUGCUCGUGACGCUAAGAGUUUCGUGGGAGCAAUGGCUCGCUCCACUAAAAAUUUCACAAUAAGCGAGCCCAAGUAUAUUGAACUUCGCAACGACAGAUCUAGUUCCUACACCGAUUCCCUGGAAAACUGUUUGAGCAGAUGUAGCCCUCAGCUUGUUAUGUGUAUCCUCAUGAAGAAUCGUGCUGAUGUUUAUUCAGCAAUUAAGAAAAAGCUGUGUAUUGAUCGACCAGUACCAAGUCAAGUAGUGACUGCUCGUUGUUUCAAUCCCAAGGGAAUCAUGUCCAUUGCAACAAAAGUUGCUAUUCAAGUGAAUUGCAAAAUUGGAGGUAUACCCUGGACAGUGUAUAUUCCCCUUAGUGGACUUAUGGUUGUGGGAUACGACGUUUGUCAUGAUACAAACAAGCGCGGAACUGAUUUCGGGGCUAUGGUGGCAUCCUUGGAUGCGAAACUGAGUCGCUACUUUUCAGCUGUAUCAGCUCACACAUCUGGGGAGGAACUAUCCAGUCAUCUGGCUACAAACAUGAUAAAGGCACUGGAAAAGUACAAAGAAGUGAACAAUGGUAGUCUCCCAAGUCAUAUAAUGAUUUACAGAGAUGGUGUUGGGGAGGGACAGAUUCCGUUUGUCGUGGAUCAUGAGGUUGUCAACGUGCAAGAGGCUAUUAGAAAAUACUAUGGAGGCUUGCAACCCGUUAAAUUGGGAUAUAUCAUCGUCAACAAGAGAAUCAACACAAGAUUCUUUGCGGGAACCAGCAAUCCUCUACCAGGCACAGUGGUUGAUGAUGUUGUCACUAAUCCGAUGAAGUAUGACUUCUUCUUGAUUUCGCAGGGUGUCAAAACGGGUACUGUGUCACCAACAUCAUACAGUAUCAUCUACGACACACUUUCACUGGAUCCAAAUAAGAUACAACUGUUGACAUAUAAAAUGACUCACAUUUACUUCAACUGUAGCACUACUAUGAGAGUUCCAGCUCCAGUGCAGUUUGCUCAUAAACUUGCUUUCUUGGUGUCACAGUCAAUCCACACACCACCGACCAAUCCAUAUCUCGAAAGCCUUCUGUACUUCCUGUAAAUAAUACGGGGCCAACAAAUGAUAAGAAGGAACAAAAUUAUUUUCACUAUUUGACUAAGUAUCUUUGAUUUUAGAGACGGCGGGAGUAAUGAAACUGAACCAAUUUUGGGACCAAAGAUUAAGUGAAGAAAUCGAUUUUCUUUGCAUUAGUGAUUAAAGGGAGAGGACAAAUGCUUUCAAUGUAUUUUGAAAUUUUCUCAUUAAUAUUGAUAUUCACCUCUUUUAUGUUUUUUAUGCAAAUAUCGGCAUGAAGUUUUUUUUAAUAAGUAUUUACUGCUGUGAGUAGGUUUUUGCGUCAAUUUAUCUAUCAAAUUACGGUACCAUAUUCUUUUUUGAUAAUUCGUGAAUGAUGACAUUAAUUUGCCCUUUAUCUACGAUAUUUACUAUACGCUCUGGGUUGUGCAUAAAUUUUUGUGAAGCUCUUUAAGGUAUACUAUUUUAAUAGUAUAGUUCAUAACAAGAAUAACGUGUGUUUGAAAACCGGUUAAGAAUAACUUUAAAAGAAUUGAUAUAUAAUGCAACUAUCAUGGCAAACAUUCUACGCGAAUUUCAAAUACAUGUCAUUUUUUUAAAUUGCACCCCUUUUUAUUUUUACUUUUAAUUUUGGACAAAGAGUGAUUUCAAGAUUAUUCUAGAAUGGCAAAAAACGGAAUAAAAACAGUACUCACUAUGGCAGUUGAAUACUGUUAAUAUUUCCCUGUAUGCAAAGUGACAUUUGAAUGUCUGUGAAGUGUUUUUUGGACAAAAAAACAAAAUGAAAGUCUGACACAAAUACACCGAGAAAGCACAAUGGAUUGAUUUUCUCACAUUAUUAUUAUUAUUCAGUAGAAUGUUAAAUUCUUUGAUUUCAAUUUUUUCUGCAUACAAGCCAACUGUACCCUCUGAUUUAGAUUAUUUAAUCUUUCAUGAAUAUUUGAUGCCAGCAAAAAAACUGGAGUUUCUAAUCAUUUGACUAUAAUAAAAAAAAGGUGAAGAACUAAACGAAACACUCUAAAUUACAAUUUUUUUCCUGGUGAAAAAAAUUGUACAGAACACAGGUAUCAUAUAAUUGGAUAUUCUCUUAGAUAAUAUGUUAUAGUAACGAAGUGACUUUGUUUGGAAAAUGUAUGAAACUCCCAUUCCUCUAAAGAAUGAAGAAAAGUUCAUUCCGAUUAAUUUGACGUUUAUUAGUUAAGCAUUUGAAAAUGCUAAACUGCGAUGGACACUUCCAUAUUUUCAAGUUAUACUUGUAACUGCCAAGCGAUAACUCCCGCACAUUUCAUAUUUUGUACUUUAUAGUAUGAUUGAAAUGAUAAAGAAUCAUUUAUUUAGUAAAAAAAAUAUAGAGAUUAAUUUAUUUCACCCAUUGCGUCUCUUAACCCUGUUCUGAAAAUCAAUUGUGCAAAGGAUUACUCAAUACUUAAUUUUCAUUAUCCAAUUCUUUAUAUCUUAGCUGUAAUAGUUAUAUUUGAGAAAUUGCGUUUCUCACUCAAAGUAUUGUUAGGUUGAGAAAUAAUAUUUUGUUUAUUUAGUUUUCUGGGGUUGCAAAAAAUUAUACUGGCAGCGUAAAGCUCUUUCCACAACACGCACCCGAGA